GUUGACUUUUUUUCGUGCCUCCAGAUCCAAGCCCUUCGGACCGUUGCGUCCAUCCUUGGCUGUUCUGCAUAGAGUAGCGGAGCGAUCUGCUCCUCUUCGGCUGCACAAGUUCUUUGAACGACGCAACUAUUUCGGCGUUGCGAUCGCCAUUUAUAUAGAAAUUAAGCGAUGGAAUAUUGCAAUGGUUGCAGUGGUUGCAAUGGAUGGCAGCUGGCACAACAGGCGCAGGCGUUUGAUGCGGAAUAUGGCAUGGGUUACUCUUUUGGUCAGUCCUACAGCUCGGAUUCUUCAGCGACGAUCGAUUCCAGGAUGGCAUCCCGGAGGGUACGCAGAACAACCACAUCCACUACGAACCCAGGGAGUUGGGGGCAUCCAGAGGCUUGCAGGAAACCGUGUUUGUACUUUAGUCAAGGGAUUUGUCAUUCUGGAGUGAACUGCGGUUUUUGCCAUAUGCCACAUUUUGUGGUCACUUCUGGUCUUGACAAAAGGCAGCGCGAAUUAAUCUCUGAGAUGCCGCACCAAGAAGUUGUUGCUCUGGUCUAUCCUCAUUUGCGUGCACGAGCUGAGAGCAGCCAAUUUCCAGAAGAGUGUCACAAAGUUCUCAGCGUUGUUCGUUUAGAACUUCCUGCCCGUACUCGAGUCUUCUUGCAUCAAGAUGUGUUGGACCGAUUGAACCGUGUCCUCGACCACUUGUCGUUUUCUUCUUUGAUCUCGCUCAUAUGCAAGAAAUACGACCGCCAGCCUUUUGCUGCAGAGGUAUCUGGCCAAAUGGACCUACUUCGCUUCAAAGUUGCACAUUUGGUCAACUUAUGAGUCUUGAAGACGCGUAUGAAGAUUCCCUGAUUAUUCUAUUCCCUCAUGAUUUUUUUUAACUACACUGAUAUUUUGCGAUCUUUUGCUACAACAUACAGGAC